CGGGGACCUGGGCGCAGGCUCCGGGGGCGCAGCCGCGCCCGGGUGUGGCUCCAGGUCGGGCUCCGCGUGUGCCAGUGCCUCUUGCAGAGCAGCCUCCGGACUCGGCCUGCAGAGCUGAAAGAGAACAGUCUUCCUGGCACGUAAGGAACGAGAGUUUAUGUCUUUGUUGGAUGGUCAGUUGCACAGCGGCGCCAGGGAGUGGGGAAGAGCAGAGAUCCGUAGCCCUGAGCGAGAGGAACGUGCUGUCUGUCCCCACGCACAGUCAGAUGGGCCCCAUGGGCAAGCAGAGCCCCUCGUCCCUGCCGGUCCCCACGGGAGGGUCUUGCCUCCUCCUCCUCUUCUGCCUGCGUUUGGGCGCCUCCUGCCCACAGAGCUGCCAGUGCCCUGACCACGCUGGGGCCGUGGCCGUCCACUGCAGUGCGAGGGGCCUGCAGGAGAUCCCCAAGGACAUCCCCGCCGACGCCGUGCUCCUGAAGCUGGAUGCCAACAAAAUUGCCCGCAUCCCCAACGGAGCCUUCCAGCACCUGAGCCAGCUGAGAGAGCUGGACUUGUCUCAGAACGCCAUUGAGACCAUCGGCCCUGCUGCCUUCUCGGGCCUGGCCGGGGGCCUGCGGCUGCUGGACCUGUCUCACAAUCGCAUCCGGAGGAUCCCGAAGGACGCCCUGGGCAAGCUCAGCGCCAAGAUCCGCCUGUCCCACAACCCCCUGCACUGCGAGUGUGCCCUGCAGGAGGCCCUGUGGGAGCUGAAGCUGGACCCCGACUCCGUGGACGAGAUCGCCUGCCACACCUCGGUGCAGGAGGAGUACGUGGGGAAGCCGCUGAUCCAGGCUCUCGACUCCGGCGUCAGUUUCUGCAGCAUCCACCACAAGACCACCGAUGUGGCCAUGCUGGUCACCAUGUUCGGCUGGUUCGCCAUGGUGAUCACCUAUGUCGUGUACUACGUGCGCCAGAACCAGGAGGACGCCAGGAGGCACCUGGAGUACCUCAAGUCCCUGCCCAGCGCCCCCGUGUCCAAGGACCCCCUCAGCCCCGUGCCCUAGUGCCCGUUGGCGCAAGCAGACCACAGCCCCCCUGUCUCUCAUCACUCUGGUAGCAGGUGGCGAGUGACUCGUGCUUCUGAGAUCCCCCUGGUGAGGUGGUCAUCCCAGCUGCUUCUGUGCAGUGCUUCCCUCUGACAGAGCAUUUUCCCGUAUCGCGUUUAGUCACUGCCAUAUCCUUCAGGUCAGGUAAUGAGGAAACCAGAGCUGAGGGACGUGGACUGACUUGCCCACAAUGACACAGGCAAGAAAUGAUCCAGUUGGGACUUAAACCAGGCUGUCUGUUCUGAAGUUCUGUGUCCCUUCCACUCUGUGAGCCUGUCUUGUGUGGCGCCCAGAGCACGUGAACGGCAUUCAGAGAAGAAAGGGCUCGUGCCCAGGAGCGCAUGCGCCCCCUGCCGAGGUCUGGGGUGCGAGUCCUCUGUUGAAGGCACGGGUGAUCCCACACUCUGGAACAGAGAUGCCUUGUUUUCCUCGUAUUUCCUGAGCACGUUUGACCACAGAACUCUCUCCAGAGCAAAGUCAGAGAGACCAGGUGUUUGGAGAGCGGCACGUGAGAGGCGCAGCUCAUACUAACCUUGCACAACUCCGUUUGUUCUCAGAAUGUUUGCGAAGAGUAACGCUUGUACCAAAAUUUCAGUCCAGUCGGAGGGAAAAAACCCGCAAACCAAAAACCAAGAAACCCUGGAGAGGACCCUGAGAAAGGUCCAGAGUGGAUCAUCCCGGGGCAGUGUCAGCAGGCAGACGAACACGGCCCCCGCCCCGCUUCCUGCCGUGCCAUCUGGGCCACAUUGGUGGGAAGGCUGUCACCUUGGGUCACUACGUGCCUUGUUCUUUCACCCACUGCUGCCUAAAGAGUGCUCCAAGGACAGGAGGACGGAGGCUCCGUGUUUCAAGGCCAGUCAGCGGGGUGCUUCCUCUCCAGCAACGGGAACUCUGUCGCUCUGUCUCUCUUUCUCUCUCUUCACCUUUGCUGCCAGGAAUCUCAGAGCUAAGUUAGCGCUCAGUUUUCUUAUCCCUAUUACUUCCAGUUCAGGGUAGACGUUACCUCCACCUAUAUAGCUCUGAUCCGUCUUUCCAAUUUUACUUUUUACUAAAAAAAUCUUUUUGUAUGAGUGUUUAUAUUUUAAACUACUUCAAGUAUUUUUGGAGGGAAGCAGAUAGGGAUAAACUGCUUGUGAACUUAAGGUGUGAAAGAUAGAAGCCCCCCCAAGAAGAUGCUUAGAAAGGAUUAGAAAGGGGGUGUUGGUACUUGGAAAGCUUCAUGUGACUUGAAGUGGGGAGCGGACACGGGAUCAUUUGCUCGAGUUGACUAGGAGACUCAGCAGUUGCAGCAGAGACCCGAGAGGCUCGUUCGAAGGGGGCUGUGCUUUUUCAGUUAUGGUGCGUUAAAAAAAACAGCCAGCAUAUUUCUGUACCCUCCCACACCCAGACGCCCCGUGCCUGCGUUCGCAGGGGGCAGGGGCCGGUGUGCGCAGCCUGCCCACCGUGGACAGAGGGGCACUUCUCUGCCCGCCGCCCAGACCAGAAGUGCAGAGUGGGAGGCGGGGCUCAGACGCGGCUGUCGAGGCCCACCUUGCUGCCUCCCAUGGCACACGCUCCCUCCGAAUUACGCCAGUCCACAGGAAACUGGCGGCCCCGCCCCCUUUCCAUGAGAACUAAAUCCAGGCAGCCAGUCUUAGUGUGGGUCCCCUCUCGUGACAGAUGCCACGCGGAGCAGGUAAGCGCUGCUGCUGGCUGACCAGCGGGACGCAGGCGCCUUGGUGAUUUGGGUCCCGCUUCUCCACCCACCCCAGGGCGCACACAGCGGGGAGAGGGUCCCGCCACACAAGAAGCUUGCCACCCGGUGGGUUUGUCCCAACGGAUGUCACCCUGGGUCAGGGAAAGAGAGUGGACCAAGGCCAGGUGGGAGUGGCAGGGUCCUGCUACUGCCACUCAUGUCCCAUGGGGGCUAGACGGCCUCAGCGCUUUGGGGGGCUGGCCCUUCCUUACUGCCAGGGAACUCUUCCUUUGCUCUUACGCCAGAAUCAGCCUCGAGCCUGGAUGCCACCACAGCAUGGCUCUUCAGGGGGUGCACAGGGAGUGGAUGGGGCUCCCUCCCUCCCCACUCCUUUGCUGGCCCCCCAGCCUACUGCCUGCCUUCCCCUUAGUGCUGGCCCGCCAGGCUCCUGCCCUGCCCCUGCUGGGAAGAGGAGGUGGGCGAGGACCCCAGAGCACACAGAGGGGCUGCUCCCUCUCAUCCUGAGCCCAGAGUCGGGGGCUGCUGGGCCCUCCUGGGCUACUCAUCCCUUGGGGAGUAUCCUGGGGGAGGGCACCUCCCUCCAAGGAAGAUCACUAGGACCCCAACUCCAGGACCCCAAAGCUCCUUCCUGCUCAUGGGCGCUCCUACCCCUGGUUCCCCGGAGCCCUCGGUUCUUCCAGGGUGCAGCCCUCCCUCCCUCUCCCCUCUUCCCGCGUCCUCUUCCCCUCCUCCAACUUCCUCUCCCCUCCCCUUAAGGGACCCCUUAAGAUGACGCCCUGCCUGGGCCCACCCUGUUCCUUGCUGCCAUAUGCGAGUGCAGACCCCUCCACACCCCUGUGGGUCCUCAGGCUGACUCGGCCCCCUGCCCCACCGAUGGGCCUUUGACCUCAUCUUAAACCUGCAGAGGCUGGGGUCAAGCCAGCCCCAUCGAGGGACCAGUGUUGACAGUUGUGGGGACUUGACAGAGGGGUUGCCUCAGUUGGCCCGUCCCGGUAGGGGGGCAGUGGGGUCGCACCUUUGUGGGAUGUGGGUGACCACUGGCUCUCAUUGCAGUCCAGGUCAGGGGCCCUCAGAGGGCUCACUGUGCAUGCCCUCCUGACCCCAUCUGCAGAGCCCCUUUUACCAGAGAGGUCGUACUUCCCAGGGUCUGGGGGUUAGGGCGGGGCGACUUUGAGGUUCCUCUAGGGGCAGAGGGGAGGAACAAGCAGACUGGCCCCGGGAGCCACCCCAGCUCGGGGUGGCGGCUAGGUAUCUCUUCCUUCACCUGGGAGCCGGUGGGAGGGGUCUUGCUUCUAAGGAGACCUCAGGGCCAGAGGGGAGAGGAGGGGCAGUGAGGGGCUCAUGGGGCCCCCUCAGAGCCGGAUCUCCCUGCCCGGCCACACGGAGACUUCCUGCUCCUUUGGUCCUUGGCCUCACUGUGGAUGCUUCUCACGGGACAGAGCCUCACCCCUGCCCCUGCCCCUAGGAGGGGGUGCCGGUGCUCACAGCCUCCUGCUACCUCAGCCUCCCUUCCCUUUUGGGCUUUGGGGCCCCCAGAUGCCCGGUUACAUUCACAUUGAGCUCUAAGAUGUGCAGGCGGACUCGCCAUCAGAUGGGGGUCCCGAGUGGGCUAGGCCGUCUUGGACAGCUCCUCCCCUGGGGCGUCAGCAAAGCCAGGGCAGGAACCCGAGGAAUUCUGAGCAGCAGAGGUGGCACAGGGCCCUGGGCACCCCCUGAGGUGGGCGCUGUGCACGGCCCGGCCCCUGCUGGCUCGCCUUCCUGCCCCAAGCUCCCCGGGCUGCCUUGCAACGGGUUCUCGACAGAUGCGUUUGCCCGAGACUUUGAUCCUGGACUGAGUUUACCUGGGGAGGAGGCAGGGCUGCUGGUGCAGGCUGUGGUGGAGGUGGAAUGUUCUGGACUUGUGGCAGCUCCCGGCCAGGGCAGGAGCCUGGGGCGGUUUCUGGAGUUGUCUUUCCUGGAAGUUCGGUCUCAAGUCUGAUUCUGCCGUCCUCCCCACUGACUGUGAUCCCUCAAUAAACCUCUUUGUGCUUAAAUGAGCUGGAGUGGA